GAGGGGCUUCUGUCAUAGGUCUGAGUGUGAAUGGGACUGAGCUGGGGGGGGGGCAACAGCCCACCCCUGAUAAAAACACCAAACUCCCACGGUCACCACAAACAGGCUGACCAGGAGCACAGGCACAGGAGGGGCCGAGAAAGUCAGAGAAGGAAUAUCUGUGUGCGCUUUUACGCAUCGGUAGAUGCGCUUUUACGUAUGUUAAGAAUUAAUGAUAAGGUGGUCAAGUUGAGCUUUUACGCGUGUGUGGACAUUGUGGUCUCAGUCAUGACCCUCUCCAAGGAGUAUGAAGCGUCCCAGCAGACUGGCUUGCCCCUGGACGAAAAUGAGGUAGACAUAGUGGGAGACAACGAGCCUCUCCAUGACCAGCUUCGUCUCUACCGGACCGAGAACACCACGGAACCUAGCUCCUCCGCCGAGUCCAGCGCCGAACUGGACUGCUCUGAGUUCGACUCGUCCGGGGAGAGCGAGAACAGUUUCUGUGCAGACGCACCUUCAUCCGGGAGACCUCAGAACGGUUCUGUAAAGCCCCCGUAUUCCUACAUCGCUCUCAUCACCAUGGCGAUCCUACAGAGUCCUCUGAAGAAACUGACACUGAGUGGCAUCUGCGACUUCAUUAGCAACAAGUUCCGCUACUACCGGGAGAAGUUUCCGGCGUGGCAGAACUCUAUCAGGCACAACCUGUCACUCAACGACUGCUUUAUCAAGAUUCCGAGGGAGCCUGGAAACCCAGGCAAAGGCAACUACUGGUCUCUGGACCCUGCAUCUGAGGACAUGUUUGACAACGGCAGCUUUCUUCGGCGCAGGAAGAGGUUUAAGAGAAACCAGCCGGAGUAUGUGAAAGAUGGACUCAUGUUUUACCCAAACUUCAGCUGUUACCGGCCUUAUGUGCGACCUUACUGCGUCCAAGGCCAAGUGAGCGCACCGGCUGCCCCUCUCCGGUAUAUGCCCGUUCAGGACGGGCUCCUGAUGCCACCUUCCUCCUACUUACCGUACCCGAGUAUAAGCAGCAGCGGUAAGGUUGUUGUCCCCAUAGACUUCAGAAUGCAACUUUACGCAGCAACACCUGCAGAACAGAAGCCUGCGCGCGAUACACAUACAAAGUGUUCGUUCAGUAUUGACAGCAUUAUGAGUAAAACCUCUUCUUCUAUACCACAGAGCACAAAUCCACAGAACUCCAACCCCCAUUGUUCUAUUGACUAUGGUAAUCUCCUCACGGGCCCCGCUAGUUGUUUGGUUCCUAGCAUGCAUCCAGCUCCAAGGACUCCAUUCUGCCCAAGCGCAAUGUUGAGCGCAGCUCCUUUGAUAACAGAGAGUAUCCAAAUGUCUUACCCUCGUUGUUAAAGUAUUUGUUUGUUGUAGCUAUAACCAAAUAAACAUUUGUGUCUAAGAGAUAAAAUGAUAUAGGCCUAAUGGAGGCACGUUUACGCAUUUCUCAGAGAAAUGAUUUAAACUGCAUGUUAUUUGUGUUCAUUCCAUGUUGAAUAUGUCAAAAGAAGUUAAUGUAAAUAAGAAGACUGAUAAUAUAUUUGUUAAAAUAUGGUGUCAAUGUGAAAGUGGAAAUAAAAGUGGAAACACUGUUGCCAAUUGUAAAGAAAAUAGGCCUACAUUGU